CAGAGGUCGCAUGGCAGAGGGAAGUCCGACCACUUCUGUGUACUGGAACCAGUGCGAGAAUAUGAGCACGUCCAUAACAAAGCCAAUGUGAGAGCUCACAUAGGAGGCUGCACGUUGGAGUAAAAAUAAAAACGAGCAAGAGCAAAAGAAAGUGUUAACUUUGGAGGUUUGUUUUGCUGUGGAAUACCCGGAUAUACAGUAGUUGUGGCAGCACGUGUGCAUCCAUGACAUUUGUGUUUGGAGUGAGGGACUAUUUGUCACGCUGAGGACCACUGCGCACCAGCCCGGCAUUGAACAGGGAGAAAAGUGCGCCGAGAAUAACUUCAAUUUUCCUCUUUUUGUCCCUUUCUCCUCUUGUUUUGCCGUGUUUGCCUUUUUGCCGACACAACAGUUUGUCCACGUCCAAGCUGGAAGUGAAUUGAUGCGUCCAGGCUCGCUCAACCUGAGAUGGACGUGAGAUUUUACCCUGCUCCCCCGGCCAAUGUGGGUUCAUGCUCCCUACCCGCUGAUCCAAGUUGCUUGAGCUCGCUGGACUAUUAUCACUCCAACAAGGCCCGGUACAGUGUGGGUGAAAGAGGGGUCAGGCUCCACUCUGCCCCCCCUCCAGGCAUCAGUCCAGCUAGGAAAAGACUACCCACUGCUGUGUUUGAUGGUGACAACAUGUACAUGAAUGACAAUAACCAAGAGUUCCGGUCACCAAACCAGAGCUAUACCAGUCAGGGCAGAGGAAGCAAUGGUGGAGGAGGGGGAGGCGCAGGGGAUGAAGACUACGAGAUCCCCCCGAUUACACCCCCUAAUCAUGCUGACCCCUCUUUGCUGCACCUUAUGGAACAUGAGUCAGGGUACCCCUUUCACACCUUGCCUCACAAUGGCCUACUCAACACCUACUCUUACCCCGAGCUGCCCGCCCUUAUGAUGUCCAACAUGCUGGGUCAGGACAGCCACCUUCUCUCGGGGCCUAUGCACUCAAUAAGCAACGACAAGCGGUCUUCAGCAGAAAUGAUGAAACCUAAACCCAAACCGCAAAAGAAAAAGAAGAAGAAAGACCCCAACGAGCCACAGAAACCUGUCUCAGCCUAUGCGCUCUUCUUCCGAGACACCCAGGCGGCCAUUAAGGGUCAGAACCCCAACGCCACCUUUGGAGACGUCUCCAAAAUUGUUGCCUCCAUGUGGGACAGCCUAGGAGAGGAACAGAAGCAGGGUUACAAAAGAAAAACUGAGGCGGCAAAAAAGGAGUACCUGAAAGCCUUGGCGGCGUACAGAGCAAGUCUGGUUUCCAAGACAUAUAAUGAUCCAGAGCCAAAAAGUGCCCAGCAGACAAGCCAGGCCUCCCACCUGCUACCCCCCAAGCAGCCCCUGUAUAGUCCACAGCCCUCAUCACCCUACCUGGGCCCGUCGGGCUCAUUCCCUCUGUCGGACCUCCAGAGCUACGCGGGUCCGCCGCGUCACAGCUUGGCAUCCACUCUAAGCCAAUCGCAGAUGCUGCCACCCAGCAUGAGUGCCUCACCCCCUGCUCCCUUCCAGAUCAGCCCACCCCUCCACCCUCAUGCCCAGCUCUCCCUGCACCAGAGCUCCCUGCUCAAUCAGCCUAUCCGCAUGCAGCAGUCACAGCCAAUCAUCUCACACCAAAUGGGACUCCAGGCACCUUUGCAUUCCCCACCUCUCAGCCAACAGGGUUUUUCCCAUAUUCAGACUGAGUACCAGAACAGCGUGGGGGGCUCACAGUCUCCAGGGGCCCCGAACCCAGUGCAUGGCCAGAACCCAGAAUGGGAUAGUGAAUACUGCAACAGGGAUUGUGGACCCAACCCUUGCAGCAGUGGCAUGGGAGCUCGAGACAAGCCACUCUACCUCACUUGAAGCUGAAGACCUCUACACACGUGACAAAUUUCAAGGAACCCAACAUAACAUCAUCAGUAUAUCAGCUUUGACACAGUUUUGCGUUCUUCUUCUUCAUCUGCCGGAUUUUGAAAAUCCCAAAGACUUCUCCAGCAUCUUCACCUAUUCGCCAAGCACUUAGAUCAGCCACACGCCUGAGGCACUUUUCUUUUCUCUUCUUUCUCUCUCUCUCUUUUCCUCUCACUUAUCAGUGAACUUUUCAUAUUUUUUGGGGGGGGGGGGCAGUGAGCUAUGAGCUCUUGCCAACAUACUGGAAAGAAAGACAAAAAAAAUAUCCUUUUAUUUUGUUUCGGAUUUCCUUCUGAUGCGCUCCUUUGCCUCUUGAUGGGUGGAAGUGACAUGCUCAAAGCAUCCUCAAUGAGUGAGGCUGACCAGUUUAGUCACCUUAACAGGGGUACAUGUUUUCAGGACAUUUUCAAGCGAGUCGCACACACGAGAUGUUUGCAAAACCCAUCUUUGCCCCUAAUGAAGGACUAAUUUUCCUCAUUUCUCGCAGAGAAUUUGUAAAUACAACCAAAAAAAACAGAUCCUUCUCAUGUGUGUAUUUAACAGCAGUCCCUUGCUGUUUUGAGUUUCUUUUCAUUGGAUUGUGUGAUGACGGAAUACACACACUAAAAAUGUGCUACAAGCAAGAGAGGAGGAGGAAACCCAAAAACAAUCGAGCAUUUCCCUGCCGAUAGUAGGGCGCGUCGACUCUCGUCACGUGACCUCAGGACGAUGCCGAAGUGCAGAGGAGGAAGAUUUCAAACCCUUUUGAUCAUCCCCCACCUUCCUUUUGUCCCAACACCACUUGUACAGGUGAAUUAAACAAAAAAAAGAAGCUAAAUGUGAAAUGUUAACUAAAGAAAAAAACAGUGGGGUUUUGAAGUUUUGACUAGUUUUAUUAGGUGUUUUAGAAUUGUGUUGAACUCAUCUUUAUCAUCUUUUGUGAAGAAUUUAAAAAAGAGAUCUUUUGGUUUUCACUGUAGCAGGAUUUAAGAAAAUGUACAUCUGGGUAUAUAAUUCAGUUUUGUGUAUAAAGCCUGCCAAAUGUACUUCUUUACUUUGUCACACCACAGACUUUGUUUUGAUAAAUAGUGGUUUUUCAAAAUGCUCUUUUUCAAUUGGUUAGAAGAUAUCCCAUUGGUUUAUCAAUAAAAAAGGCAGAAUGUGCUAGAGUUUUCAUCAGGGUGCAUUAUUAUUAUAACAUGGGUAAUUAAAAUAUUUUUCAAAAAUUGUUGUUGGUGCAAUACCACUGGACCAGCAUUAGAUUAAUUUUGUGUCACAAAUAUUCCUUUGUUUUCUUUUUUGUCUGUAAUAAAAU